AAAAGGAAAGAAAUGCUAGUGUGCAAAUAAAUUUAAUUAAUGCCAAUAACGUAGGUGGCACGUCGUGUUACUGGUGUGGUGCGGUGACAACAUCGCGUUCAGAUCCGUUCUUCUCCUUUUCUUUGCUUUGCUUUCUUCUUCUUCUUCUUCUUCUUCUUCAUUCACCCAACUCCAAUUUCAGAAACAAACAGAUUCCAACAUUCACUUCCCAAAAUCACACAAUGUCGAAACCCUACAUCCCCAUCCUCCUCCUCUUCACCACCUUCCUCCACUUCCUCUCCCCCACCACCGCCGAAAUCAAAUCCCUCACCAUCACUUCCGACACUCGCCCCAUGAUCCUCUUCGAAAAAUUCGGUUUCACUCCCAAAGGCCACGUCACCAUCUCCGUCUCCUCCGUCUCCGUCACCCCUCUCUCCUCCUCCUCCUCCUCCUCCUCUCAACCCGAAUCCUCCCGUCUCGGUUUCUUCCUCCUCAACGAAGAAACCCUCAUCCAAGUCCUCAUCGAGAUCCAACAAAACCCUUCCUUCUGCGUCCUCGAUUCUCACUACAUUUCCCGUCUCUUCACUUUCCGUGACCUCUCUCCUCCUCCCUCCGCUUCUUUCAACCGCUCUUAUCCCGUCACUACCCCUAACGAAUACAGUCUCUUCUUCGCUAAUUGCGCUCCUGAAACCUCUGUUUCCAUGUUUGUUCUCACCGAGAUUUUCAAUCUCGAUGCAGACGGUUCUAAAGACUAUCUCUCCGCUGGACAAACUCAACUCCCUUCUCUCUUUUUCCUCUUCUUCCUUGCUUACUUAACUUUCUUUGUAUUUUGGAUAUACACUUGUUACACCAAUAAACGUUCUAUUCACCGCAUUCAUCUUCUUAUGGCGGUUUUGCUUAUCAUGAAGGCUUUGAAUCUUAUUUGUGCUGCUGAAGAUAAGCAUUAUGUUAAGGUUACUGGUUUACCUCAUGGAUGGGAUGUAUUGUUCUACAUUUUUCAGUUUAUUCGUGUUGUUGUGUUGUUUACUGUUAUUGUUUUGAUCGGUACUGGUUGGUCGUUUCUGAAGCCAUUUUUGCAAGAUAGGGAAAAGAAAGUGUUGAUGAUUGUGAUUCCUCUGCAAGUUUUGGCUAAUUUAGCUUCUGUUGUGAUCGGAGAGACCGGUCCUUUUAUCAAAGAUUGGGUUACUUGGAAUCAGGUGUUUUUGCUUGUUGAUAUUAUUUGUUGUUGUGCUAUUAUUUUUCCUAUCGUUUGGUCUAUUAGAUCGCUUAGGGAAACGUCGAAAACAGAUGGAAAAGCUUCGAGGAAUCUUGCGAAGUUGACACUUUUUAGGCAGUUUUAUAUUGUUGUUAUUGGGUAUCUGUAUUUUACAAGAAUUGUUGUGUUUGCUUUGAGAACUAUUGCUGCUUAUAAGUAUCAAUGGGUGAGUAAUGCUGCUGAAGAGAUUGCUAGUCUUGCUUUCUAUAUCAUUAUGUUCUAUAUGUUUAGACCUGUGGAGAAAAAUGAGUACUUUGUUCUUGAUGAGGAGGAAGAGGAAGCAGCUCAAAUUGCUCUCAGAGAUGAAGAAUUUGAGCUUUAAAGUUUCUGUUUUUGGAAUUUUGCACUUACCCCUAUGUGUUGAUAUCUCCGCCACGCCACGCCACAAAGAUCAGGCAGGUUGUUCGAUGAAUUUGGUAUUGUGCUGGUGGUGGUUCAGGUUGCUCCUUUUAUCUGAUUUAACUUACCCUUUUCAUUCAUUUUUCCCCUAUACAAUCCAAGCCUUCAAAUUAAUGUGUCUGUAAAGGAAUAUUCAAUACUUGAUGUAUGUUUAGAUUUCCUUAUGUUAAUGAUGUUGUUGAUUAAUUAUGCGGAAUAGACAGAACUCUGAUAUAUGUCUCUUGAGAAAUUGUACACUCAAUUACUUAUUACCGAGUUGUUAUUAUACUGAUAUUCUUCUGUGGAUUUUCUGCUUGAGAUUAUGUUCAGGAUAGUUGGGUUGUUGUACAUUUCUGUAUUCAUUGAUUGAUUGGUUUCCAGCCUUGCUUGA